AUGGUCCAAGUUAAUGAUAAUGAUCCAAAAGUUGCUCCAUUAGAAGCUCCAUACCUGAAGUUUUUCACUUCUGGUACAACAAAUGGUCAAAAAGUUGCCAUUCUUUUGGAAUUACUAGGAUUAAAGUACACUUUAAGACCAAUUGAUUUCCAAAAGACCAAGGAGAACAAAGAAGAAUGGUUUUUGAAAAUUAACCCAAACGGUAAAGUUCCAACAAUUGUUGAAGCUGAUUCCGAAGGUAAAACCUUUUCAUUAGCUGAAUCAGGUGCUUUGUUGUUAUGGUUAGCUGAAAAAUAUGAUACUGAACAUAAAUUUUCAUAUGGUUCAAAAGAUCCAAAACAUUGGGAAGAAGUUGAAUUGGUUUUUUUCCAUGUUAGUGGCUUACAUCCAGCUCAAGCAAAUACCACCUGGUUCAAAAAAAAUGCACCAAAUGAAACUGCCAAUCUUGAACGUUAUACCAAUGAAUUGAUCAGAUCUUAUAAGUUAUUAGAUGAUAGAUUAGCUCAAAGCAAAUCAGGCUUCUUGGUUGGUGAUCAUAUUUCUUUGGCAGACUUGAUUGCUUUACCACAUGCUAGAGGUUUAUCAAAUACUGGUAUUGAUGUUGAACAAUUUGCCAAUGUUCAAGCUUGGAUCAAGAAAGUUGUUGAAAUUCCAGAAGUUAAAAAAGCUCUUGAAUUGUUAUAA